GAAUGAAAAAAAAUUAAUUAUCGUAUAAGAUUUAAAUUAAAAUUUUUUUUUUAGAAUAUUUCAUUACUAUUAUUAUUGAUAUUAUUUAAUUAAUUAAUAAAAAAAAAAUUAUUUAUUAAAUAUGUUGAAAUUAUUAAUAUAUUUUGUAAUAUUAAUUUUUUUAAAAAUAUCAACAGCAUAUGAAAGCCGUCCAUCACAAUUUUGUAUGAAUGUUAAUCCACAAAAAGGAUUAGAUAUAGAUAAAAUAUUAGGAAAAUGGUAUGGAAAUGAUAUUAUAGAGCAUGCUGGGUUUUCAACAGAUCCUGGUGUUUACUAUUAUGAUACGUGCGCUGAAAUCACAAUUUAUAAUGUUCGAUUUGCAAAUUUUGCAAAUAAAAAAAUUUCAAGUAUAAAUGAUGAAAUUUUAUUAUUGGAAUUAACAUGGGAGGAAAGAGGUUAUUAUGAUUCCGAAACAACAAUUAUUGAAUAUGCAUUACAAUUUAAUCGGGCAACACCAGGAUUUUGGGUAACAGUUGAUAAACAAAAAGGAUUUUCACCAGCUUUAAAAUAUAAUCAAUUUAAUGGAACAAUACAAGUUGUAAAGGCAGUUAAAGAUCAGUUAGUUUUAACAUUUUGUGGAUUAAAAUUGGGAGAAAGCUUUUUUUCAAUAAUUUUAACAAGGAAUUUACAACCAUUACCAUUUGAUGAUUUGGAUAGUACAUAUAAAUUAUUAAGAAGACGUGGUUUAACAACUGAUCAUGUUAGAAGAGUUUGCCAACCAAGAAAUAAUUCAAAUACAACAAAAAGUUCUCUAAUUAUACUAAUAGUUUUAAUUUUUCUUAUAUUUAUUAUAAAUUAGAAAAUUAAUAUUAUUAUUAAUAUUAUGUAAUGUAAUUGAAAACAAGUAAUUCAGUUGAAUUGAUUAUAUUAAAAAUAUUAAUAAAAUGAUUUAUUAAAUAUAAUUUUAUUUACUUAAAGGAA